GGGAGAGAGAGAGAGAGAGAGAGAGAGAGAGAGAGAGAGGACGGCUCCGAGCGAAGCAACAAGAAGGAAGAAGAGCAAUGGCGACACUGGAUCGCCCGACACCGAGUCCGGACAGCUUCCUGUGCGAGCCCUGGUCCUCGUUCGUCGGCGCGGCUGCUUCACGUGUCGUUGUCAACUCGAGCCCGGACGACAGAGACGAAGAGCUCCCCCGCCUCAGAGAAGCUGCUCCGCUCUGCCAACAAGAAAUGUUCGUCGACAGCCAGUUUCCAGCACUGGAGGAUUUUACUCUUGUUGUGUGCCAUGUCUGCAAUAAGGUGGUCACUCCUCAGGGCAUACUCACACACUAUGGUAGCUGGGGUGUAGUUUCCCUGUGAGACACACAGAGAGACAGAAAGUCCUGGACCACACCCCCCUCCCAUUCCCUCCCCACCCUGCUCCCGCAAAGACAUGCAUAGCAAAAACCAGAAGCGCCACAGCUCCCCUGUCCCCUCCAGGAGCCCCCUGGUCCCCAUGAAGCCCAAAGCGCCGGCAGUGGCCCCCGCUGUGGCUCCCAGUCCUGGAGACACGCUGCCCUUCAGGGUCCCCAAAGACUUCCCUCACUCCCGCUUCAGCAAGGCGCCACUUGCCGUCUAUCCACCAAAGGGGGCACGGAACAAGACAUGUGUCUCGCUUCCUGUCGUAACCUUGGAGAAGAUGCCCUGCCUCAGCCGUGCCGACUCGGCUUCACACGUGCGCCUCGCCACCUCCUCCUCCCACUCUCCAUCCUCCCUCAAACCCUCCUCCCUCACUCCCUCAGCCUCGCAGCGCUCCAGUGAAAAGCUCACGAAUGGUCGAGGCGCCAGCGGGCCGCCCAUGCCACGCUCCACCACGCCCCCAUCCUCUCUGGACCGGCGGCCCAGUCCGGCACGCUCGCCGCUGGACAAGCGGCCGUCGUCUACACCCUCUCCCUCCCAGCCAGAUCGAAAACCCUCCCCGUCACCUUUGCUCUCUCACCGACCUGUCGCCUUAGCAUCAUCAUCAUCAACAUCGCCGCUGGAUAAGAAGCACCAGAAUGGGACUAAGACCCCCCCCAAGUCGCACAAAAGACUUUCAGGGAGAGUGUUUGAUCCUAACAAGCACUGUGGAGUCCAGGACCCGGAGACGAAACGGCCCUGCACGCGCUCGCUCACCUGCAAGACUCACUCCCUGACCCACCGCCGAGCCGUCCCCGGCCGAAGGAAAAACUUCGACAUCCUCCUGGCCGAACACAAGGGGCGAGCAAAGGAGGGGGAGAAGGAGAAAGAAAGAGACGCAGCACAGGAGAGUCCCAGCAAGCCUCACUGCCCGAACGGACGGCCGCUGUCCACGCUGAAGCUGCGACUAGCGAAUGCACACAUACCCAGGGCUCCAGGCGGCUCCACCACCUACACUUCCACCCCUCUGCCCCCAGCGCCGGUGCCCGCCCCAGCCCCUAACCCCGAGCUGUCCCCUCUCAGCUGGGUGGCGACGGCGGGAGACGGUGGCCGCCUUUCCAGCGACGAGGGAGAGGCCGAGACUCCAGAGGACGCUGACAGACCUGCCUUUCACUACUCCAAUCACCACCCACAGCCUUUAGGGUUUUGCGUAUUCAGCAGCAGGCUCAUGGGACGGGGCCAUUACGUGUUCGACAGGCGGUGGGACAGGAUGAGGCUGGCGCUCCAGAGCAUGGUGGAGAAGCACCUGAACGCACAGAUGUGGCGGAAGAUGCCUCUGGCUGCUGACAGCCUCCUCUCCUCCUCAUGUCCUUCCUCCGUCACGUCCCAGCAGACCUCCUCCGUCACCUCCCCCUCCGACUCCCCCUCCUACACCGCCACCUUCCCUCAGUCCACAACCACGGCCGGAGUGGUCAGCAUCCGAGAGGCCGUGGCACAAGCCCACGCCCCCGUCUCUUCACCGGGUAAAGCCAGUAACGGCACCCACAAAACCAGUCGCCCAUCCAAAGACACAGACACUGACUCCGCUGCAGGAUGUAAGAAGAGAAAAAACUCUUCGUACUUUUCCUCCUCCCUUUCAUCUCCUUCUUCAUUGAUUUUGACUUUGGACAAUCACAAGAGGAAUGGCAGCAGCCACCAUACGACAUCGCAAGGUUCACGGGGGGCAGCUCCCUCCUCGGCCAGGAAAAGGGGUCUCGGGCGCGGGGGGAGCGGGCUUUGGCGCAGCGGAGAUGACUGGCUAUCAAAAUCCGACGGGUCUCAGAGCCUCAACUCGCAGAGCAGUCACAGUGUUGGCACCACCAGUGUACCCUACUCAUCUGGGGAGCUCGCCUCCAUGGUUCAUCAGACCCCGGCCCCCCCCUCUGGACCCCUGGCUUAUGCUGGAGGAGUAGAGGGGAGGAAGAGGAGAAGUCCUAGCUCGUACAGAGGGAAGGCCAGCAAGCUGAGCAAGCCGGGCGGAGUCGAGAGCCUCUUUGGGAAAGGAAACGACAUCGGUGGGAUACUGGCGUCAGGGCCAGAAUCUCCAAGACAGACCAAGUUACAUCACUGACAGGAACCUGUGUCACGGACAGAAUGUUGUGCAGCUGUGGAGGCCACCACCGUUAGUGACCUUUGACCUCGCCACUCUUCCACUGACCUCACCGAUCAGACUGCUUCUUCUCGGCGAUGUCAACCCUGUUUACCCAAUGACCGUUCAGUUCGGGACUUUGGAAUCUUUUGCCGACGGUCGGUCUGGCAGAUAACUUCCACUCUCCAUUUUCACUAUGGAUCUUUUUUGAUGGACAGCUGCCGCACAUCACUGUGGUCGUGGUAUUUUCAGAACAAGACAGUGGAAUCCAAAAAACGUUUUCCUCUGAAAAGGGAAUUUGCCUCACAGCGUUUUAACGGCAUUGUUAAUCUUAGCACCACUGUACAAUCUUUGGGAAAGCAUUUUUUUUUAAAAAACGAUCAGACUUCAUUUUCUGGUUGUUGUGAUCAUGUUCCCGGUUGCUGUGUUCAGUCAGCGGACAAGGAAAGAGGUGUGUGAUUGUUUUGAGGAGUUAAAUGGUUGAAGGACCUAGUGACACGUCGACUGUAGGACUCUGACUUCAGCUACGCCACCUGCCUCCCCCCCUUCACCCUUUCCUCCGUCUUUUCCAAAAAUUGGAGGAGAAGGCAGCCGUUUCAAUCGGGUUCUACCUUUUCCUUCUCAUCUUUCUCUCCAUCUUUCUUCAUCUUUCAACCUUUUAACUUUGUGCCUCCCUCGUUCCCUAUCCAUCCCAGCAUGCCCGAGUUCAAAGUGCACUUAACUGCCCCCGCUUCCCUCUUCGCUGACUCCAGAGCAGUCCCCAGCAGUGCCACACCAGGACCUGUUCGCACAAUGGAAGAAAACAAAAAACCCCAUCUGCGUUACCAACCAAGCAUUGUAAUUUCAACAUAGGAAGACAUUUAAUUUGUUGUUUUUCUUUUUAUUCUCAGUUCUACUUUAAAUGUUGCAAGAAACACAAACUCCUGUCUGUGUGUCAGGACUUGCACCAAAAAAAGGAAUUAUUACCACGGUGUUGGAUAUUUGUUUUUGUUGGGGUUUUUUGUAUGAUAAUUUAUGUACCUAAAUGUCUGUUUUCUAACUGACCGUUGAGGUUUGAGCUACAGAGAUAUUUUAAGCAAAAAAAUUAUUUCUAUGGCAUUUUUGAAGAAAUGUUGAAAGUAUUAUGAUCGUUCAUAUUGUUGAAAAUGUGUACAUAUCUGUUAUUUUUGUAUUUAUUAAUAAUUGUCCCCUUUUACUAAAUAUGAGCUAAAAGAGGGAGUAUUUCCCCUCUUGUUCUGUGUUUAAUGAUAUUUAAAUUGGUCUGGUUUCUCAAAACCUUCAAAGAAUUAGCAAGUUCUGAAAUUGAUCCUAAUCGAUAUCGCACACGGCCGGAUAUGAGCUUUAACUGUGGCUUCAAUUCAUCUCAUUUCCUUGUAGCUUUGUUGGUCAGUCAAAUAGAUUGUACUGUGUAUAAAGAUGGACGUCAGGUCUCCUCCUCCUCCCUUUAUCCAGAAAUGAAGCCAAAAUAUCCUGGACAUGGACGCUGCCAUCUUGUGCCUUUGGAGCCAGAGUCUGCGCUGUAUUAAGGUUCUGCCGAUACACACGCUCGUCAGUCUUAGCUGUCAAUCAUUACGUUUCGCCCGGUUUUUAUAGUAUCAUCACCAACAUAUUUAACCUUUCAUACAUCAGUAUGACAAAAACUAUCUAAAAUAAUAGAAACCAUCUUUGAAACAAAUUAUUUGAUGUGUUCUUUGAAUUUCUAGUUUGGCCCACGGCCCUGUCUACUUGCAUGAGGAAGGAUUUAUGACGUAUGCUCAAGCCAGCCACCAGGGGGCGAUUCAUGUCGUCCAUCUUUUUAUAUAGUCAUGGGGUCAAACUUCGAACUAUUUAAUUCAGGCAAAUUCUACUAACUACUAUCAUGUUGUCUGACAAGAACAAUCUGGAUUCAAUCUCCACUCGUGUAGAUCUCAUCCACACUUCAUCUGCCGUGUCCCAACUCCAUACUAAUUGUAUACAGUACACAUUGCUUCCUAAACAUUAUAAUGCACUGUGAUUGCUGUUAGUUUGCAAGAAAUCCAAAUAUUAUGUGUUAUAUACUAACAGACAAAAUAGUUUCUCCAAAGAUUAAAUACUGAGUUUUUCUAAUUUUUUACUGGAGCAGUUUCGUCACUGCCUGCAAUUUAUUUACAUUAUUGCUGCUGUGGAAACCCUCCUCCAUCCGAUGUGCUUUACAUUUUCACAACACUCUGUUUUUAACCUAGUCUAAUCUAUGCUCACUUUUACACCAUAUACUUAAAACCUAUGUGGAAUUAGUAUGUAGGUUGGGACAAAGUGUUGGUCAGCAGAUUGAAUCGUGGAGACAGUCGUAGCAAGACCAAAGUAUUUUAGUCCCAUGAUAACAGGUGGUCGUAUAUGGUUGAUUAUUUAUUUCACAGGUUAAGAAUGAAGCUCAGUUUAGUGAUACCGACCAUAAUGGAAGUCAGAAUUUAUACAGAAAACAUGGCCAACGUCACAAAAUCUCCAUCCUUAGAACAGAAAGUCCCCGAAGCACAAAGUCGUGCUUGGUCCCGACGUCCAGAUCAGGAUAUUUACGCCUAUUUAGCUCUUUCAAGCUGACUAAAGAAUGUUAAGACAAUUUAUUUAUAUGCAACCAUCUAUAAAUGUGAAAUGUGGCUGCACCAGAUGACGAAUAGUCCGAGAGUCCCAUUUCCCAAAGUUAGUGACAGAAUGCGUUUUCAAUUUCAUUCAAGACUUAAUCAUCUUUGGUUCCUCACGUCCUGUGAUGUAGAUAUGAUGGUCCAAAAUGUCAGUGGACACGUCUUCUAUGCUUCUACACAACUACUUCUUCUUAUUUCUAAUGGAUACAUCCCAGAACACAAUGUGCACCUGAUGUACGCAAAUUUAAAAAAUUUGCAAAACCAGGCAGUUGUAAGUAUUUUUAACAUUAAGGGCCCCACAUUCCUGUUUUCUCAUCUUUCUUCCAAAUUUCAGAACAAUACUUUUUAAUGGUCUUUUAUCUUCGAAGGACUAGCAGUUCCUAGAGCAGUUCAGCGAUACCGGCUCUUUGGUCUUUUUCUUUGUAGAUACACAUGGUUUAUCUGGGUACUCACGGCGUAUAAUUAACAUGCCUAAAAUAACAUGUAUUGUUUUCACUUUCCUCUCUGUUCUGAAGCCUGUUACCACCUGCCGUGCUCACACGUGUUUAAGUCGACUAACUUACGAUAAAAGACCAACAGAUACACUAGUGUAUAAACGGUUCAUGUUGCUUUACCAGCUACAAAAAUCAUUGAUUUUCCAGCUCAGUAUAUUCUUAUCAGGAGUAUCUACAGAUCAAAGAUGACGAUGAUAAUCUCUGUGCUAAGAUGUUUUUGGGAAAUGCCGCCGUGUCUUAGCGAUGAUGGUAACGGAAAUGAGAAGUUACACUUUGUUGCAGCUAAAAUUCAAAAUGAAGCUCCUGGAUGUUUAUUUCAGUUGUAUAUUUCCUUUGCUGUUGAAUUCUAUGGAGGUGUUAACAGGUCUUUUAUAAACCUUCCCUUUUACUUCCUUUUUUUUUUUUGCACUUUGUUAUAAAGCCCAGAUCUUUAAACAACCUCUAUUUAUAUAAAUAUUUGAGAUAUAUAUGAAAAGAAUCUAUAUAUAUUUUUUAAAGUGUUUCUGGCAACUACAGUGAAAGAAGAUGAACAGUUUAUUCUCGAUGAGUUGGCCCCGAAACCAACCAAUGUUUAUUGUUUUUGUAUCUGAUCCAAAUUGUGGUGAAUGUUAAAAUGCUUUUUUAUUAUUUUGGGGGGGUUAUUCAGUCUCAGUGCAGUUGGAUCAGAAAAAAAAAAUCCCAUCAAAACAAUUUAACAAUUGCUGUAAAAAAAAAAAAAGGUCUUAUAUCCAAGCUUUUAUUAAAUGAUUUGAAGUGGAUGCUUUGUUAUUUGUAAAUCAAAGAUGCAGCUUUUUUAAUUUGAAAGAAAAAUCCCACUGCUGAUUGUUUGUUUUGUAUAUUUUUCUUGUCAUUAUUGCAACUUGCGAUUGUCGAAGCAGCUCAUCAUUUGCGGUGUGACGUGAUAUUUUUGUACUGCUGGAGUAGAGAAAGAAAAAGAGCCUUCAUGAUUGUCAGUGUUCAUAUUUUGUUACUUUUUCACACAUUUCUAUGCUUAAAUUUUUUUCUGAUUCAUCUGAAACUGGUACAUUCAUUAUUGAAAACUGAACUGUGCUGAGUCCUGUUUGCUUCAAGGCAAAAGUCUGAGAAUAGUUCUGAGAUUUGAUGCUUGUGCCGACUUUUGUUUUGAGUUUUUUCUCGUAGCAGCCAGGUUCCGAUGAAGGCGAUGUCGGUCGGGUCCACCACUUUGCUCCAGAUUGAAAUAUCAGCAGCGACUGGAUGAAGAGGAUCAAUCCGACUACCAGCGGUCAUCCCACUGGGGUUUUCUUGUGAAAUCUCUGCACCUAUUGGAUGGAUUUGUAUAUGAUUAUGUGCAGGUAUUCAUGGUGCCCAGAGGAUGAACCCUAAUGCUUUGGUGAUCCCCCGACCUUUGAUACAGCGCCACCAGCAGGUCAUUUGGUACAUGUCAAUUUACACUUGAUAGAUUGCCUCCCUUUGAUUUGAACUUAAGUGAUAUCUUGGUUACCUCCGCCGAGGAGGUUAUGUUUUUACCCCUGUCUGUUUGUUUGUCAUCAGGAUUACCUAAACAUUACCGAAUGGAUUUCCACAAAACUUGGUGCAAGAAUGUGACGACGGCCAAGAAAGAACCUGAGGGCGGACCAAGGAAUAAUUUUUCUCUUUUUAAAAAAUAUUUUCACCAGUUUCAUGGAUCUCAAUGAUGAAAAUCAGGCAUAUUUGGAGAACUGAUAUUUGUGAGAGUCUGCAGCUUGCUUGAAUGUAAGUGGACUAUUGGGCCUUGGCGGAGGUAUGUGCUCCCCUGAGUGCCAUUCUAGUUUUUCAUGUAGCACCAUCAUUAUCAGAUUUUUCGAUUUCAAGCUUUAUGGACAAUAUGUACAGGAAAUGGUACUGAAUUAAAACAUGAAGGAGGUUAUGUUUUCA